AGGCUCCGCCCAGCCCGGCGCAGGGGGCCCCGAAAGGGAACCCGGCGGCGAUGGCCGCCCGCCCGCCCGCCCGCCUCGGGAGAUGCCCCCGCCAAGUGCCCCUCGCCGCCGCCGUGCUCCUGGCGUGCGGCGCGGCCGCGGCGGCGGAGCAGCACGACGACGCCCCGUGGGCGGUCACCUGCGACAUGGACUGCGAGGGCGUGAACACCUGCGAAGGACACGAGAGGUGCAGCGGCGAGGAGGUGCAGUCCAUCGUCUGCCCCCACGCACCGAGUUGCCCUGGUGGUUCCAGCGGCGCCGCCCAGUGCGAGCCCGAGCCUUGCCAGUGGGAGCCGUGGCAGGACUGGCAGGCCGAGGGCGCGGGCUCCUCCGGACUGUGCGUGCGGGCGCGGUCCUUCAAGCCCAACCGGUGCGGCGGCGACCCGUGCAUAGGCCGAGUCACCGAGACGAUGUACUGCAAGCCGAACGCCAGCAGCCCCGUCGACUGCGCCCUCGGCGCCUGGGAGAGCUGGGGCACCUGUGACGCGGCGACGCUGCAGAAGACCCGCAGCCGCAAGAUCGCGACCUACCCCGCGGCUGGCGGCAAGCCCUGCGUCGGGGCGCUCACGUCCACCCUGCCGUGCGGCGAGCGGCACGCGGCGGUCGACUGCGAGCUGGGGGCGUGGAUGGAAUGGAGCGGCUGCAGCCGCAGGUGCGACGGCGGCCAGCAGCUGCGCGUGCGGGUGGUGGCCCAGCAGGCGGAGUACGGGGGCAAGCCCUGCAGCGGCUCCGGCGGUGCGGCGCUGCCGCUGCAGGUGACGAGGCCCUGCAACUCGGAGCCCUGCGAGGGUGCCGCGGAGCCCCGCGACUGCGAGCUCGGAGAGUGGUCCGAAUGGUCCAGGUGCGUGGAGAGGGACAUGUAUGGCGGGAGCACCAGGCAGACGCAGAAGUACCGCUCGCGCGAGGUGGUCACCCCCGGCGCCUUCGGCGGCAGCCCCUGCGGCCAGGAGCUGGAGCAGGUGGCGCCCUGCGAGGUGGCGCAGGACGACUCUCCCGCCCCGGAGGCCGGCGCAGACCGAGUGGACGAGGCGGCGGACUGCCAGCUGUCCGAGUGGACCCCGUGGACGCUGUGCGACAAGACCUGCGACAGCGGGCAGACCAUGCGCACGCGCAGGGUGGAGGUCCCCGCCAGCGGCGGAGGCAAGCCGUGCGGCGGCGAGACGCUCCAGACCAUGGGCUGCAACGAGCACCCCUGCAGCGUGGACUCGGAGGGCCGAGACUGCCUGCUGUCGACCUGGGAGGACUGGUCCGCCUGCUCCGCGCAGUGCGGCGAGGGCGUCGAGAGCCGCGGUCGAUCGGUGCUCGCACCCGCGCUGGAGGGGGGCCAGGGCUGCAACGGCGCGCUGGAGGAGGCUCGGCCCUGCCGGCACGUCGAGAACUGCACCAAGCAGGACUGCGCCUGGAACGAGUGGUCUCAGUGGGGCGCGUGCACCAAGACGUGCGACGGGGGGCACCGCAACCGCUCUCGCAGCGUCAAGGCGCACCCAGCCUGGGGAGGCAAGGCCUGCGAGUCGCCUGGCAGCGUCAGCGAGGUGGAGGCCUGCGGGAACGAGCCGUGCGAGACCGAGGAGUGCGUCGACGGGGAGUGGGACAGCUGGGGGAGUUGGGGCGACUGCUCCAGGUCCUGCGGAAGCGGCAUCCAGUGGCGCCACCGCAGGGUUCGGCGCGAGGCCUCGCCGUGCGGCAAGAGCGCCGAGGGCCUGGCCGCGGAGGUGCGGGGCUGCGAGGCGGGCCCGUGCGAGGGCGACCAGGACUGCGUACUCAGCACGUGGACGGAGUGGUCCGGCUGCUCCACCAGCUGCGACGGCGUACAGUCGCGCACCCGCAAGAUCUCCGUCCCAGGCAGCGGCGCGGGCAAGUACUGCGUCGGCGACGGCAAGGGCGACGGCAAGGAUGCCGCCGCCGCCUUGCGGGAGGUCCGCUCUUGCAACAGCCCAGAGGACCUCCUGGCGCAGGCAAGCGCCCCAGGCUUCGCGGACAUCAUCCAGGCGUGCGGCUUCGGCGAGAAGGUCGACUGCGCCGUGGGCUCCUGGUCCGACUGGGCCGAAUGCACCAGGACGUGUGAUGGCGGACAGCGUUCCAGGAACCGCACCAUCGCCACGCCAGCGGCCAACGGCGGAAGCCCGUGUGCUGGUGCGCUGGACGAGACUGGCGUGUGCGGCGAGGAGCCGUGCCAGGAACCCUCGGACUGCGCGUGGCACGAUUGGAGCGACUGGGGCAGCUGCAGCCGCUGCGACGGCGAGCGGCACCGCGGCCGGCGCGUGGCCCGGCUGGGCAACCGGGACGGCAGGCCUUGUGAGGCGGGGGAUUCCCAGGAGGUGCAGCCGUGCAACGAGUGCCCCGAGGUGAAGACGUUUUGGUGCGUGUGGGACGACUGGAAGGUCGUCGGCGAGUGCUCCGCGACUUGCGGCUCGGGUGCGCAGCGCCGCGUCCGGCGGCUGACUGCCACCGAGGUCGCGUCUCCCGCGGCGGUCGGCAACGUCACCGGCUCCGCAGCAGCGUGCUCUGGCUCCGAGGCGGACUAUCAGAGGUGCAAGGGCUUGCCGCCGUGUGGCAAGCAAUGCAAGCCGCGGAAUUGUACCUUCGCCGAUUGGUCCGACUGGUCCCAACCGUCCUGCAGCGGCCUCUGCUUCCGCGAGCGCUCGGUGAAGCGGGAGGCGAACGAGUGCGGCAGCCCUUGCUCAGGAGAAUUGGCAUCCACCAAGCUGUGUCACAAUACCUCCUGCGACGCUGAGCAGGACUGCUCGAGAUCGGACUGGUCGGCUUGGACAGAGUGCACGGGCACAGAGGGCCAGCGCCUGCGCCGGCGCCCGAUCGCCACAGAGGCGGGGCCCCUCGGGCGUGCCUGCGCCGGCUCCACAGCAGAGACCGAGCCCUGCGCACAGCCAGAGAGUGCCGAGCCAGAUACGGAUUGCAAGCUUUCCGAGUGGAGCCCCUGGGCGGAGUGCUCGAAGACGUGCGGCGGCGGCGGCGGCCAGAAGCGGUCGCGCGAGGUGAUCGCACACGCCAAGGGCGGCGGUGCGCCCUGCGAGGGCUCCCUGGAGACUGUCCGCCCCUGUGGCACCGAUCCUUGCCCAGCAGGCGAAUGGGACGCGGACUGCCGGCUAGGAGGCUGGUCGGACUGGACAGGUUGUGGACCAGACGACGGCUCGCAGGAAAGCAGUCUACAGGCUUUCCGCACACGCGCUGUGACGCCCGCGAAGGGGCGCGGCCGCCCCUGCGAAGGCUCCACGAAGCAAGCGGGGCCGUGUCCCUCGCUGCGGAGGGCCGACUGCCGCUUCGCCGAGUGGGCCCCCUGGGGCGAAUGCGGCCGGAGUUGCGGCGGCGGCCAGCGGUUCCGCACGCGCGAGCUGCUCUCGGAGGCGAUGUUCGGCGGCGCGGCCUGCGAGGGGUCCAUGAGCGAGUCCGAGCCGUGCAACGAGGACCCGUGCGACGCCGAUCUCGACUGCCGUGCCUCUGACUGGUCAGAGUGGUCGGCGUGCACCGAGAAGUGCGGCCAGGGGCACCAGGUCCGCGAGCGCGAGGUCGAGAAGGCCGCUAAGCCCGGCGGGGCCGGCUGCAGCAUGGGACUCCUGGAGGUGACCGGCUGCAUCGGGCCGGGCUUCGACGGCGAGGGGGGCGGCUGCGACAACAGCACCGAUUGCGAGUGGGGCGAGUGGCAGGAAUGGGGCGAGUGCCAGCAGGCGCAGCUGUGCGGCGUUGGCUUCCGGCGCCGAUCGCGCGAGGUGGCCGUCCAGCCGCAGGGGAGCGGUAAGCCCUGCUCGCCCCUUGCCAAAGAGGAGGUUCGGCCUUCCAAGGACUGCCCGGGCACCUGCGCGCCGCCGCCGAAGGACUGCGUCGACGGGGCCUGGGACGACUGGGGCGCCUGGGGCCCCUGCAGCGCCACCUGCGGAGGCCGGCGGGGCCCCCCCUUCCGCCGGAGGCGCAGAGCGCCUCGCUAAAACGAC